AUGACUUCUGAGAAAGCAGUGCUGUCGAGUGUCAAUGUUGAUGAAUUAUUAAAAGGGAUAACUAGCUCCUUCAAAUCCACUAAGGAAAGUAUAGUUGAAUUAAAUCAAUUAUUAAAAUCAGAAGAUGAUAUACAACAUUUACCUGCCAUGAUUCAAACGUUAUUAUCAAAGAUUAAUACUAAGAGUAUAGAAGGUGUUUCAUUAUUAUCAUUAAAGAAUGAAUCAUUAUUGUCAUAUGUGAAUAAUUUAGUUCUUGUUGUAUUAGGACAAUUAGAGAAAUUGGAAGAAUCAGGCGAAAAUAAUAAUGAAGAAGUUGAAGUGGUAAGGAAUCAAAUUAUUGAAAGAAGUAUAGUACAGAGAGUUACUUUGGAGAAGGGGAUUAAACCAUUAGAGAAGAAAUUGAAUUAUCAAUUAGAUAAGAUGGUUAGAGCAUAUACUAGAAUGGAAAAUGAUGAACAAAAAUUAGAAUCCAAAUUAAAUAAACGUGAAAAUAAUAAUGAUGGGGAUGAAGAUGAUGAUGAAGAUGAUGAAGAUUCAUCAGAGGAAGAAGAUGAUGCUUUAUCAUAUAGACCAGAUGCUGCUGCUUUAGCCAAAUUAAAUAAGAAAGAUAUUAAGAACAAGAAAAGUUCCAAUGGUGAUGAUACUAAAGAAUCUAAAGAAAAAUAUAGGCCACCAAAGAUAUCAGCUGUGGUUGCACCAAGUACCAAUAAGAAUGAUAUAGAUAAAGGAGGUAAAUCAGGAGGUAAGAAUAAGAAAUUACAAAGUAUGGAAGAAUAUUUAAAUGAACAAAGUGAUUUACCAAGUAUGGAAUCAUCAAUUGGAUCAACUAUUAUCGAUCAUGGUAGAGGAGGGGUUAAAACUCAAUUUGAAAAGAAGAAAGAAGCUGAAAUUCAAAAUUAUGAAGAAUCAAAUUUUAUUAGAUUACCAAAUAAUCAAACUAAGAAAUCAUUUAAACAAAAACAGAGAGAUAGUGCUAAUACUUUUGGAGGUGAAGAUUGGUCAAUGUUUAAUGGUAAUGAUAAUGAUGAUAAUGAUGUUAAAUCUGGUACUAGUAGAAAGAGAAAAGCUGCCAGUGCCUGGGAUAGAGCUAAGAAGAGAAAUUUGUAA